UGUCAAAUUGACAAACGAAAAAUAUAACCUUCAAAACGUGGUGUAUUUUUACGCGAAAAUCAUUAAAUUUCCGUAUAAAAAACAUUUUAAUUCAAUAUGAAUUGGAAUAUUAAGUACGGUGAGCUACAAAGCGACACAGAUUUCGUGGGAAAGUGUGAAAACUUGAAGGAAAACCUCGUUGAACUUCAAAAUACUUUAGACCAAUUACUUAAAUUGAAGCAACAUUACGAUAAAUUGGACACAAAUGCGCAGAUUGAGCUCGAUUUAUUCCUCGUUUACACCCUGAACUCGUUACAGUGGGUGCACCUCCGCAUACAAGGUAUAGAUCCCACUCAGACUCGGAUCAAGGGUGAGCUACAAAGGAUAAAGAAAGUGAUGAUGCGAUGGCAAGAAGUAAAGGACCGAGAAAAGCGACCGAAGGUGGACACAGACGCGGCCAAGCGGUUCGUGAAGAGCGGCCUCUACGACCACAAGGCCGCCGACAAACCUCUCAACAAGAAAAUCAAAUUUGAUGAUUAACCUCUAAAUUAUUUGUAAUGUAAUGUAUUUUAACUAAUAGUUAAUAAGACUGAAUCUACUAUAUAAACACUGUUAUCUGAUAUUAGGUAGGUAGGUUCUCUGUAUUAUUAAAAACUUAUAGUCAUUGUUUUAGGUAAUGUUAAGUUUUGACCAAUAUUUACUUUCAUUUAAAAAUAACAUUGUGUUAUAAUUAGUUCUUUGUGUUUAGCUUUACAUGUAAUUUUCUACAAGUGUAAAUUGUGAAAUAAAAUGUUCUCAGAA